AUGCGAGCGCGCAACGUCUCCCAAACAGCUGCUGGUCUGGCACGAACCGCCAAUAUCCGGCAGUCGACUCGUAUCGUUGCGCCCCAAUGGAAGAAUUCCAUGGCAAAAUUGGCUCCUGGCCGCCUAAUGCAAGCUCGAACAUAUAUCAAUGUCUCUGGGGUCCGGUCUGAAAUAAGGGACCGCGCUCGUGGUAACCUAGGCUCCUUUGUACAGCUUCGCCCGUUAUCUGGAAAGCCUCUUCCCCAGGUCAAUUCAUGGGUAGUUAAUUUCUGUUACAGGGCCGGCGCCUGGCUUGGAAUUUCUGUAACUGUACUUGGUCUUGGCGUGGUUGGCUUCUUCCUCUACGACGCCACCACGUACAAACAUGAAGGAGAGCAGAGCGACAUCAACGUCUCCCAACUAGCUCUGCAGCCCCGACGAGGUGGCCCCGAUAAUCUACCGAUUGCCGAAGUGUUUAUUGACGACGACGAUUGUGAAGCCAAGAAACAAAACAAGGACAAACCCAAGCUCGUCGUUCUCGGUGGAGGCUGGGGAGGUAUUGCUCUCCUCAAAAGCCUAAACCCUGACGACUAUCACGUUACGGUAAUCUCACCGACUAAUUAUUUUCUCUUCACACCAAUGCUUCCUUCGGCGACUGUGGGGACCCUGGAAUUUCGAUCUCUUGUUGAGCCUAUUCGCCGAAUUCUGAGUCGAGUCAAUGGGCACUUCAUUCGCGCUAAAGCUGAGGAUGUUCAUUUCUCUGAUAAGUUGGUUGAGGUGUCUCAAGUGGAUAGCGAGGGAAAAGAAGUUCGGUUUUAUGUCCCGUACGACAAAUUGGUAAUUGCUGUAGGCUCUGUAACAAACCCUCACGGUGUUAAGGGCCUUGAUAAUGCCUUCUUUCUCAAGGACAUCAACGACGCCCGGAAGAUACGCAACCAGGUUAUUCGAAACCUUGAGGUUGCUUGCUUGCCUACGACAUCAGACGAUGAACGGAAGCGACUCCUUUCCUUUGUCGUGAGCGGUGGAGGGCCGACUGGUGUUGAGUUUGCUGCAGAAAUGUACGAUCUUUUGAAUGAGGAUCUUACUCGGCACUUUCCGCGGUUACUCCGAAAUGAAAUUUCCGUUCACCUCAUCCAGAGUCGCAGCCACAUUCUCAACACAUACGAUGAAACUGUCUCCAAGUAUGCCGAGGAUCGAUUCGCUCGAGAUCAAGUUGAGGUUCUCACCAACUCGCGAGUGAAGGAGGUUUGCCCCGACAAGAUCGUUUUCACACAAAAGCAACCAGAUGGUACCCUUGUCACCAAGGAGCUCCCUGCGGGGUUUGUGCUCUGGUCUACCGGCGUGUCCCAGACUGCGCUUUGCCAGAAGCUAGCUAAGAAACUGGGAGAUGUGCAGAGUAAUCGCCACGCCUUAGAGACUGAUACUCAUCUGAGGCUGAAUGGAACGCCACUAGGUGACGUGUACGCGAUUGGAGACUGCUCUACUGUUCAAAACAAUGUUGCGGACCAUAUUAUAACGUUCCUCCGAACUUUGGCAUGGAAGCACGGCAAAGAUCCUGAGAUUCUUCAGUUGCAUUUCAACGAUUGGCGGCAAGUUGCACAUGACGUGAAAAAGCGCUUCCCACAAUCCGUGAAUCACUUAAAACGGCUAGACAAGCUGUUUGCCGAGUUCGAUAAAGAUCAGUCUGGAACCUUGGAUUUUGGAGAGCUACGAGAACUUCUGAAUCAGAUCGAUAGCAAGCUAACCUCGUUGCCAGCAACGGCUCAGAGGGCACACCAGCAAGGUUGUUAUCUCGCCCAGAAGCUUAACAAGUUAGCACAUUUGUCAGAAGGGCUGUCAGCCAACGAUAUUCGCGAUGGCGAUCUCGACGCUGCAGCAUACAAAGCGUUUGAAUACCAUCAUUUAGGAAGCUUGGCAUAUAUAGGAAAUUCUGCUGUAUUCGAUUUGGGCGAGGGCUGGAGCGUGGCUGGUGGUCUUUGGGCAGUGUAUGCAUGGCGGUCUGUCUAUUUUGCCCAGAGUGUUAGUUUCCGCACACGUUGCUUGCUGGCGAUGGAUUGGGCUAAACGCGGCUUAUUCGGACGAGACCUGAUGAGCUUCUGA